AUGAAUCAAUUAGAAAAUAAUAAAAAGGCAAAUCAUUUAGAGAGAACAAGUCAUAUUGAACGACAAAAGGAUAAAAUUUCUGCUAAAAUAAUUUCAAUAACAAAUGUCACUCCGACUAUAAAAACUUUUUUAUUUCAUUCACCUUCAUCCUCAUCUUCAUCAUUAGAUUUUCUUCCUGGUCAAUGGUUAGAUGUUUUUAUUUCAUCAAUUUCAAUAGUUGGUGGAUUCUCCAUCACUUCUACUCCUCAACUAUAUUCUAAUACAAAUACUUUUGAAUUGGCUAUAAAAAAUUCAAAUCAUCCUCCAGCAAAAUGGUUUCAUGAGAUGGCAAGAAUUGGUGACAUGGUACAAGUUAGAGUUGGUGGUAAUUUUGUUUGGAAUGAAGAAAUUGAAUAUCAACAAGGAACUGAGAGAAUAAUAUUUAUUGCUGGUGGAGUAGGAAUGAAUCCAUUGAUGAGUAUGAUAGAAAAUUGGAAAAAUUAG